AUGUUUUGUAGAAGACAAGCUGGUCCAAGCUAUUAUAUCUCUCCACCAGGACCUCAUGCCAUCACACGCACCACCUUUAGAUAUGACAAUGAAAGAGAGUUGCGUCAGUUGAACAGAGGUGAACUUGAAGAUAAGGGGAGACAAAGAAAAGUACCUUUAAUACAUGACAGUUCUGAUCAACUUAUCAACGAUAUACUGCUCACAAAUAGAUUAAAGAUAAUCAACGACACAAUGAAUGAUUACAAUCAAGGUGCAUUAGAGUAUACUCUACCGUGGCCAAUCAUACAAUGUAUUUUGACAUAUGCUUCUCAAUACAACUCGAGAUGUACUUGUGUAAAUAGAGAUGAGUUAAAGAAAACGGUUCAAUCAAUUCGACUUUAUAAUACUGGUGAAGUUGAUCAUCAACAUCAAUUGGUUCUUCAUGCCAACAUGAUGACACAAGGAGAUAUAAAACAACAUUCUCUUACUAGAGAUCAACUGUGUCCUCUUCAUCAAUUCAAUCUCGAUCAAGGAUACGAACCAAGCUUUGUUCUUUGUCAUCAAUCGUUUAACCGUAAUGUACCACGAGAGGGUUUUAGAUGGAUGCGUAGUAUGGCAUUACUCAGCAAGAGAAUAUUUGCAUUCAUAUCAACGACACUAUUUACCAACAUUGUAAUGGAUCCAACAGCAGAUACAUGGAGUCAUAUCACCAACAACUAUUGUAUCAUCAAACAACCAAAGAUAUUGACACUUGUCUCUCCAUCAUCUGACACUCAACUCUUCUUUACAAACAAAUCACAAUCAUCUUCAUCUUCUUCUCAAUUUCUAAAGAAUGUUGAAAAGAUAUACAUCAACAAUCCACAUCUAGUUGAAAAGGUUUCAACCAUUGAAUCGUUGGUCAACUUGACACCAUCACUUCGAUCAAUCACCAUCAAUUGUUAUAUAGAACAAUCUGUUUUAAUUGACCUAUUUAAAGGCCCAUUGAAAUCAAUUACUUCCAUAAAUGUUGCACAAGAGAGGAUCGAAUUUAGAAAUUUUAUUCAACCAACAUCAUGUCUCACAAAGAUUAUUCUUCCAAGUCCAUUUGAUUGGAAUAGUGAUUUGGAUGUGGUCUCCCUUUCAAAGUCAAAUAUUUCAACACUCAAAACAAAUCAUGUUGACUUUUUAGAUUACAACAAGAUAGAAUCUCUUAAAAAGCUUAUACUAUUCUCUAAAACAGAUGUUUGUCAAGACCAAUUCAAUCAUUACAAUAGUAUUGGAUUUGAUUAUUUUGGUUCAUCAUUCUCUGUACAAUCAAACACAAAGAAAUUAAUCUAUUUUAAAAAAGAUGAACCACACUACCAUUGCAACAUGAAUAUUGGCAUAAACAUUAAUAAUAAUAAUAAUAAUAAUAAUAUCCAAAUAGAUCAAGAGUUUAUACAAAUUAAUGUAUUUUCAUUAUUAUCAACAAUCAAUACAUCCUACUCCAACUCUGUUUUACCAAAACCAAUUAUUCACAAAAUAAUUGGAAUGACAUGGAAAUUAAGAGAACGUUGUACAUGUGUUUAUGAAAAAGAAACUAUUCAAAAAUGGAUUAAAAUUGGAUACGAUAUUCUAAAAGAUGAACAAGAACUAGAUCGAUUCAAUCAAAUGAAGAAUAAUUGUCCAACUCAUUUCUCACAUACUCAACCAUACCAACCAUUAACAUAUGAUUUGAAAAGUAGUAAUCGAUCUAAAUUACAAUUGGCACUUAUCAACAAAGAUUUAUUUAAAUAUAUUACCAACAAUUGUUUCUCAGUUGUAAACAUAGAGCAUUUUGGUGAUAGUUCUUCAAUUCAACAUAUUAAUAAUCCAUAUUGUGUUGCAUUCAAACAAUUUACAACUAUAAAGGGUAAUAAUAGUGAAUCCCUCAUUAAUUUCAAAGACAAUCAUCUUCCACACAUUACCAAGGUGAUUUUAAACAAUAAUAAUAUACAGAGUAUAUUCAAACUAUUACCAAACCUAACUUCGAUUAGCAUGAAAUUCACAGAACCGACCAGAUUUGAUGCAACUGAUCUUUGCCAUCUCAAACACCUUACCAAAUUGGAUAUAUCUAAAAAUAGAGAAACCAGUAUCAAAAAAGGAGCGCAACUAUUUAAUGAAAUCAAAGAUUUGCCAAUCAAAAAACUAUGUAUUUCAAAUUGGACACGAGGUUUCCGAAACCAAGUCCCUGAACUCUCUACACAAUUCAUACAAUCCAUCACCAAGAUAUCUGCCGACAUUCUCAUUUCAUUUGAAAUCACAUUCCCAAACCUUAACCAUGUAGUAAUUGAUAGUUGGUUUACUACCUCUAAAUUUAAAGUACCAAAAACAGUGACAAAGAUUACAUCAUAUCAUAGCCGUAUUGAAUUUCUUGUUCACAAUCGAUCUGUCAGAACAUUCAAAUUCAAAAACCUACUUGAAAAUAUUUGUCGUGGACAGCUUGAUUUAUUCCUCAAGACAAUCUCAUCAAUAGAAUAUUUUCAUAUUCAAACAUUGGUCUAUAGCGCUAACCACUCUUUCCAUGUUCCAAGUGAUUUAUACGAUGAUUUCAAGUAUCAAAUCGAUUAUAGUAGAACUCGUUUGGAUUACAACAAUAGCUUUCAAUAUUUAAAAUUAUCAAGAAUUGAUGAUCCAGCUCCCACCAAAUUUGAACUCUACAGAAAAUCAGUUCAUGAUAAGAUUAUGAAAAAAUUACAAACAAUAUUAUUAUCUUUAAAAAAUUUUAAAGAUUGGUGGUUUAAAUAA